AUGGAGCUGUUUUUUGAAAUCCUACGCGACAAAACGCAUAUCAUGGUGGAUGUGAGUGAAUCGGCCACCGUAUCAGAUAUAAAGCAGAUCAUAGCGGGUGUAACACAACGGCCUAUCAAUGAUAUAACAUUGAAACGGUCGAAGAAUGGUCAGCUAACUGACUGGGAGAUUGUUAAUGACAACCAGACAUUGGGUGGUCUGGGCUUUACACAGAAGAACGCUAAGCCUGAUGAUCCGGCUGUAAUGGCGUUUUUAUUGCCUGGUAGGUUGGGUUGUAGUAUGGAGGGUAGGAUUGUACGAGCCUGUAGGUAGAGUAGGGGAGGGUAGAAUAGUGUAGUAUAAGCCUUUAGGUGUAGUAGGAUAGGCUAGUACAGAUUGUUUAUUUAAUUCUGUGUCCCUAACCCAAAAAAAUUGUUUUUAGAGGGGGCACAGCAUUAUUUGAAUAACUUAAUAUAAGCCUAUAGGUAAAGAACACUGUAGUAUAGCUUACUAUAACAUAAAGAGGAGUACAUAUGUAGAUAGUACAGUAUAAUAAGGCGUUAUAACAUAUUAAAGAUGAUAAGAUAAAUUACUGUUUAGAAGACGAUAACCAAGUAAACAUAACCCCACUAUCACUACCACCGCCCCUACCUGAUGCUAUGCAAAAUAAUGAAAUGAGUGUGGAUUAA